AUGGCAUUUGUCUCUGGAUUUCAGCGGUUACUUCGCCAUUCCCACUCCAACUUCACUUCGAUUCGUUUCAAUUCAACUCUCACUUCCCCCAAACUUUUCGUCAGCGGUCUUUCGAGAUUGACAACGGAUGAAAAGCUUACCGAAGCAUUUUCUCCUUUUGGGCAGCUCAUGGAAGCUAAGGUGAUAAUUGACAGAGCCUCUGGAAGAUCCAAGGGGUUCGCUUUCGUAUCGUAUGCAACUGUAGAAGAAGCUGAGAAGGCAAGAGAAGGAAUGAAUGCUAAAUUUUUGGAUGGAUGGGUUAUAUUUGUUGAUCCUGCCAAACCAAGAGAACCUCGACCUCCUCCGCAAUCAGAAUCUCAGUCGUCUCAAACAGGGUUCACAGUUAAUAAGACCGUUGGAUGGUGUGGUUGA